AGGCUGUGGGAGCGUUGGGUCCAGUCUCAUCCAGCCGAGCCCACAAUGAUGGUGGUGUCACCGGCCAGUUCAGAAGCCCAGAUGGUGCAGUCUCUGGGCUUCGCCAUCUACCGCGCACUGGACUGGGGUCUGGACGAGAGCGAGGAGCGGGAGCUCAGCCCGCAGCUGGAGCGGCUCAUCGACCUGAUGGCCAACAGCGACUGCGAGGACGGAGGCUGCAGCGCUGCGGGCGCGCAGGCCCACUACCAGGCCGUGUGCCGCGCGCUCUUCGUGGAGACGCUGGAGCUGCGGGCCUUCCUGGCCAGGGUCCGCGAGGCCAAGGAGAUGCUGCAGAAGCUUCGCGAGGACGAGCCACAGGCGGAGCAGCCCCUGGCGGAGCUUGACAACCUGAGGCACACGGACUGGGCCCGACUCUGGGUCCAGCUCAUGCGGGAGCUUCGCCACGGAGUGAAGCUCAAGAAGGUGCAGGAGCAGGAGUUCAACCCGCUGCCCACCGAGUUCCAGCUCACCCCCUUCGAGAUGCUGAUGCAGGACAUCCGCGCCAGGAACUACAAGCUGCGCAAGGUCAUGGUCGAUGGGGACAUCCCUCCCCGGGUGAAGAAGGACGCCCACGAGCUCAUCCUCGACUUCAUCCGCUCCCGGCCUCCCCUGAAGCAGGUCUCAGAGCGAAGGCUCCGCCCCCUGCCCCAGAAGCAGCGGACCCUGCACGAGAAGAUCCUGGAGGAGAUCAAGCAGGAGCGGAGGCUGCGCCCCGUGGGGGCCCAGCGCUGGGGUGGCCGGGGCUUUGGCUCUCUGCCCUGUAUCCUCAACGCCUGCUCCGGGGACGUCAAGUCCACUUCCUGCAUCAACCUGUCCGUGGCGGAUGCCGGGAGCUGCGCCCAACGCCCACGGCCCCGGGUCCUGCUCAAGGCGCCCACCUUGGCGGAGAUGGAGGAGAUGAACACGUCUGAGGAGGAAGAGUCCCCGUGUGGGGAGGUGACCCUGAAGCGGGACCGCUCUUUCUCAGAGCACGACCUUGUCCAGCUGCGGAGUGAAGUGGCCUCUGGCCUGCAGCCGGCCACCCAGCCCCCAGGAGGCUUGGAGCCGUCCCGGGCCCGCGCGGGCAGCAUGCACACCUGGCGGCCGAGCACCCAGGAGCAGGGCCCCUUCCCUGUGAGCGUCCAGUCCCAGGCUGACCCCAGCUCCCCCCGACCCAGUGACCUGCGCUCAGCAAAGGACAGGCCAGAGGCCUCUGCGGCCGCCGACCCCAGUCACCUGUGGCUGGAGUUCAGCCACCCCGUGGAGAGCCUGGCUCUGACUGUGGAGGAGGUGAUGGACGUGCGCCGUGUGCUGGUGAAGGCGGAGAUGGAGAAGUUCCUGCAGAACAAGGAGCUCUUCAGCAGCCUGAAGAAGGGCAAGAUCUGCUGCUGUUGCCGAACCAAGUUCCCGCUGUUCUCCUGGCCGUCCACCUGUCUCUUUUGCAAGAGAGCUGUCUGCACUUCCUGCAGCAUAAAGAUGAAGAUGCCCUCCAAGAAGUUUGCACACAUCCCUGUCUACACGCUGGGCUUUGAGAAUCCUCAGAGGGUGACAGCUGCCAGAGCCACAGCCACACAGCGGAGAGACGCCUUCCAGUCCCUGCAGAGGCCCCAGUGGCAGAGUGUGGAGGAGGAGUUCCCUCACAUGUACACCCACGGCUGCGUCCUGAAGGACGUCUGCAGCGACUGCACCAGCUUCGUGGCUGACGUGGUGUGCUCCAGCCGCAAGAGCGUGGAUGCCCUCAACACCACCCCUCGCCGUGCCCGCCAGACCCAGUCCCUCUACAUCCCCAACACCUGGACUCUUGACUUCAAGUGACAGCCCUUGCUACCCCAGGCUACCUGGCCUGAGGCUUUGCAAGGUGGCCAGGCCUCUGGGGAGGAGCCGGGCCAGUUCUGGAUGAGGCUGAGCGCUCCCCAUCCUGGGGCACAGCUGCUAGCUGCCUCCGGAGUGUGCAUGUACAUAUAUAUAUAUAUACAUAUACAUUUAUAUAACAUAUACACAGCCGAUAUAUUUAUAUAUGUUUCCUGGCCCCAAGCCCAUUUGGGGUCAGGCUUAUUUCCAGGAUCCUCCCCAGGGAGGCUGUUUCCUCUCAGGACUCCGUGGGUGGAGUGGGGAUGGCAUAGGAUAGAAAGGGGGGCAGACUGGAGGCAAGGGAUGGUGGGGCUCCGGGGAGGACCCUGCCCCUGUGUGUUCGCCAUCCCUCCUUGGGCAGAUGUCCAGGCGUGGAAGGGCGUCUUGGUCCACAGGUGAACUGGAGCGUCCUGCUUGCAUCUGUGCUCCCCUCAGGAUAUGGGCUGUGGGGGCACCUGGGCAGCUUGAGUGGGCUGAGAUCCUCCCAGGCAGGUGUCCCAGGGCCACCCCCUCGGAAGCCUGAAGCAAAACUCACUCCCUUCCCGACACCAUGCCCCUGCAAUGCUUUCGGUCUGGUUACCGGGAGGAGCCCUGUAAAUGUGUCUUCACGGCCACUCGGCCCAAUAAAGGUGGUCUCAGGCUCCCGUCUGGGGCGUGGACUAAGGACUACCCAGCA